AGAAAAAUACCUUCACAUAUGACGUUUGCCCACACAGAUCUGUAAUUACAUAUCUAAAAUGAGAAAUUUUGUAAAUCCAUUGCUAUUUUUAAAGCAUUUCAGUUUUAGAUGAAUCCCAAAAGGUAUUCUUUUUUGUUUUUCUUUUUUUUUUUCUUUUCUUUUUCCUCUGUUGUUGUUUCACAAAUAAAUUCAUUAUUUAUUUAUUUUUUGGUCAUUAUUAUUCAGCUGAGCUUUAAUGUGUCCUACUGUUAUUCUGUUAUUGUGCAAACAGUAAUAAUGAAAAAGUAAACUAGAUCAGCCGGAACGAUUGUUUGGGGCAACUUCUAGUUUGAAGCCCGGGAUUCGGACCAGUACGUGAAAUGGCUUCAUGGGAAAUGUAGUUUUACAGAGGAAGCUGCAGGUGUUUUGAGCAGCUCUAGUACUACAAUUCCCUACUAGCUCGGUAGUGUCACAUUCAAAGGAACUGUUGUGGCGUGAGCCGAGAGAAGUUUGCUGGGUUCACGGCGUGUUUGCGAGAGUGUUUUUGAAAAGCUUUCGCCUCUAAACGGUCCGUCAUAAUGCGCGUGUGUGCGCUGUGCUCUCUGUCUGUGGCCCGCGCGGGUCUCGGCUCUGGACUUUUCUCUCUCCGACGCUCGUUUUCCUCUCUGCCGGCUCUGUGCGCGCGCAAAAAGAGCAGUGAGUACAGCUGUGUGGACUCAGAGCAUUACUCCUCACUGGUCAGGGCCGUGGUGUCCACAAGAACCAGCGCACAGACCCCGGAGAGCAUUGAAAGCGAAGACGCCCGGCUCUUCGGGGCCGUUGUGAGAUCCAAACCGAGACAGGCGCCCAAAAAAACGCUUAAAAAUCCGUGUCCGCUGUUGAACGAAGCCAAGAGCAGCAUCUGGUCAGAGCACGAAGAAGGAGCGAUGACCCGAAUAGCUCUGCAGAGAAAUUCGGACCAGCCCGCUCUGCCCAGCGUGACCAAGGUACUGCAGAAGACCAUGUCUGCCAGCCAGCUGUUCUACCUGGAGAGGUGGAAGAGAAGGAAGAUUGCUGAGCUGGGAGAGGAAGGCUUCAAGGAGUACAGCAUGAAUCUGUUUAAGCAGGGUAAGCUCUUCCAUGCUGCUAUUGAAGCAGCUUUAACUCAAGAAACCCCCCCAAAAGAAGAUGUGGAGUGUCCAGAGUGUCCAGAUGAAGUCGCUGGGUAUUUGCAAAGCAUCAGUCAUGUGCUGGAGGAUGUCACAGGGGUCAGAGCCAUUGAGAGUGUUGUGGAACAUCAGUCACUGAAAUACUUGGGCAUUAUGGAUUGUGUCGCCAUGUACAGGGGUUCCUUGUGUGUUAUAGACUGGAAGACAUCAGAGAAGCCUAAGCCUUUCCUUCAUAACACGUACGAUAAUCCUUUGCAAGUGGCUGCCUACAUAGGGGCCUUAAACAGUGACAACAACUACAGCUAUCAGGUAGAAAAUGGAUUGAUUGUAGUUGCCUACAAAGAUGGCUCCCCAGCCCAUUCUCAUCGUCUGAGUGCGGAGCAGGUGACGCAGUACUGGGAGAAAUGGCUCUUCCGUCUAGAGGAGUAUAAGGAGAAGGACGUGUAACCCGAACUUUGCAAACCUUUAAUGUGGAACUGUAGCUUCCAGGUUCAGUGGAGGUUUUAAGAGAUAUUUUACGGUUUUAGGUUUAUAAAAAAAACAUGUGAGAUUAGUAGUGGGCUGUAUAUUGGUUGAAAUUAUUCCUCAGGUAUGAGUUUGGUCGCAACCGUUAUACAGUUUCCGAGGCAGCGAACAUAAAGAAAUGGCCGUUUUGGGGGGAUUAUCCUUAGCCCAAGAUGGACACCUGUGCACUUGUGUUUAGUUUCAUUGUGCCAAAAAGGAGCCACCUGAUGCGAUUAGCUGCUUCUGACCUCAUUCUUAGGGUUUGUGCAUCCAAGCCGUGGACCAGCUGUACUGAAUGACUGUAAUGUUUUCCAAAUUCCUGCAGUGUCUGACGUUUCAUAGGCACAAGUGUACGGUACGCACGUAUGACACCAAUGACUUCAGAAAUGUGAUGAAGCUGAAGUUGGCUUCUUAUUUGAAUUUCCUUUUCUGUACAGUUGCCAGAAUAUGCUGCUCCAUUUAAGCUGAAGUGAAAAUUCAAACAAAUAAUAAGCUGCCCAAUAAGAGGCCAACUUCAGCCUUGUAGAAAUGAAGAUAUGAAACAACAUUUAGCACUGCUUUUGUCUGGCCCAUUGAGCCAGUGUUAGAAAGCAGUACUGACUAACAAUCUAUAGAUUGUUCACUUUUGUUUUUACUAUUUUGCACAAUAAAAACAUUUCAGAUUUAUUUUGUUUGCUAAAAAUGGUUCCAAUUAAAAAGUGGAGGGACAUCCCAGAAUAGUGAGCCACUGUUAUCUUAAAAAUAUGUUUACUUAAGCAACUAAAAUGGCUUUAGUUGAAAAAAUGUAUAUACCGUGAUAUAUACCGAUACCGAAAUUCUAAUUGGUACCACCCCCUGCUACACGAGAUCAGUAUAAAGUAGUGUUUAUAAUAUUCUUAUUUACCUGCAUUUUUUGUUGUAUAUGUGAGAAAUAUGCACUACUUGACUUUGAUCCUCCAUGCUACAAGUUCAGCUAUUCCAAUAAAUUUACAAAGGCCACUGUAGGAGAUGUUGAAGGGGAAUUCCACUGAUUUUUCAAAAUUUCUGUGUAAUUUAAUCCUUGAGAUGUAAACAAAGUGUUUAGAUGUGAAGUAGUUAAUUGUAAAGUAACUUAAUGACUCAGAUUUCUUUACACUUGUGGUGGUAGGACCCAGGAAUUGUGAUGUCUACAACACAAAUACAGCUGUUUUUUGACUGUCAAAAAUGACCAGUGAACCCACACGUCUUUUAUGUUGUUAUAUGCAAUGCUGGCAAUGGGAGAUUAGAAAAACAGGGUAUUAUUUGGCCUUGCAAUGCCCAUCUCUGCCAUGAAUGGACUUACAUACAUUUGGACUAAAAUACAUUUAGGAGUACUUAUUUCGGAGUACUUAAAUAUUCCUUCUCAAAGCAAUCACAAAAGAGUGUCUCAGGCAAUAUGCAAUGAUUUCAUAACUAUUUCAUGUAAAUUUAUUGUGAGAUUAAAUGCUUUGGACAUCUGGUUCCUACCAUGACCGCUGUGAACAGGCACAUUUCACAUUGAACUGCUCUGAGUGACUGUUUAUAUUUUAAAGACCUAACUGUGCAGAAAUGUUAAAGAAAUCAGUGGUAUUCACCUUUAAGACUUGGUCUUUGACCCCUCUCCAAACGCUGAUAUUACCCACAUUAAAACAGACCACUGGGGUGUUUGAACUAGAUUUGUUUUACUUCUGCCUACACCGUGUGUAGUUCUGGCAGGUAUGUGCCUGACGUUUUUCUUUAGAUUUGUUCUAAAAAAUAAAGUGCGUUUUUGGGUGACAGUAAAUGCUGAAGGUUUCUUUUUUUCAUAAUGUUUGUGAGUCUUUUGUUUAUCAUCCUUCAGACUAAUAUUGUAUUUCUCUAAAUCCUUGAUGUCACAAUCAACAAAGGUACUAUUUAAGAAGAUUUUCCCCUGAAAUUAACCUUCAGAAAGGAACCUUCAGACUAUCUGGCUAAGCAGUCCAAGUGCUUAUUAAGCAGCAAUUCAGACAUUUCCUCAUGGCUUCCUGAUGAUCAUCCUCUGUAAUACGCUCACAGAGCAAACGUUAGAUAAUCAUCAGUGUUGAAGUGCUGACUAUGUAAGUGGUGCUCAGAGAACUGUGUGGCCUCUAAGGAUGAUUGGUUUACUUUAGCAGGCUAGCCUGUAUUUUACAAGUGAGACAGUAUCCACCCUGUGCUGGAAGGUUCGGCUGUUGUUCUAAUGUGACCCAAAGUGUUUUGGCAGGUAGUCAUUGUACAAGUGGAGCCAUAUCCAAGGAGGAAACAGAGGCUAAAUUAACAGCCUGAUAGCAGACUUGAGCUCAUGUAAAUUUCACUUCACUGAAACUGUUCAUUUUUAACUAUACAGAAAACAUUUAAUUAUCACUCUUAGCAUUUUGAGUUUAAUUAUCACUGUUAGCAUUUUGUUUGUACUGCCUGCAGCUUUCAUCUG